AUGGCCGGGCAGGCUGGAGAAGGCGAGCAACUGCCGAAGAAGCAGAACCCCUCAAGACUCAGAAAUGAAGUACGCCCACAAUCAACUGAUGAUGAGCGGGAUCGCACGAGCACCGCCAUUCAGGUUCCGAAUAGCGAUACGAUUGUUCCUGAGACUCAGCCUGGUCACGCUGGAGAGUUCCAUCGUGACGACCCUGUUGCCGAUAAUGAGUCUGAGUUUAGUCUGAGUCCUAAUUCCGCGGCCCUUCUGGAGCGCACCGCGGUGACGAAGAAGACGGACACGACUGGAUGCAUUCUAUCCUUUGGCAAGCUUCUUUCGAGGAAUCCCAUUGGAAGGAAUGACAGCUCUGCAUCAGCAGCUCCAAGCCCUAACCCAUUCGCGAUUUCAUACUCACAGACAAGGAAAGUUUCCAGCAAGCCACCUCCAAAAGAGGUUACUACUGCCGCGCAGUCUGCUCAUCUCGGGUUGAGAACACCUGAUAUCCAAAAGCACAAGGGUCAUGCACCUCGAGAGCCUGCACACGUUCCACCACCGUGUUCUCCUGACAACGCUCAUCUUGGUGAGCCAUGUACUACGAGCAACCAACAUAUGGACGUCGUGAAUCAAACGGCCACUGGAAGAUCUCAGGAAGAGCCUACUUACACUCUGCCCCCGCAGGCGAAUGCGAUAUCUAGAAUCCCUCCUUCGGUACAACUUAACGCUAGGCCUGCUUCUGGAAUCAACAGGGUCACCGGUGUCAAGAAGGGUAAGAAGCACAGAAAGGAACAGCUCUCUCAGCAGUGUCCAGGUUCACGUCCCCGAUCAAGAAUCACACCAAGCCACACUCGUCAAACCGGAACGAUUGGUGGACCAGCACCUGAUACAUCCAACGACCCUCGAUGCCUCUCCCAAUCGAACGCGGAUGGCGAUGGAUUACAUGCUUUUCGCGCCCCUCUCGAAGAUCGACAAAGGGAUGCAUAUGCUCAAGAGUCACAGUUGCCGAAUGAAGAACAUGGGUGUAUUGCUGACAACAAGGAGUCCUGCAACACUAUACCAAGCCUCAUGGAUACGACCUUCCGAGACUUUCAAGAUUCCUCCGCUCAACGCCAGUUUCCUACAGCUUCUGUGCAGGUCCCGUCGAUCUUACCUAAGACACUCGAUACAACCGAGCCAACGCAACAAUCGUUGACAACUUUUCACGAUCAAGCUCGUAGUCUCGGUCCUGAUAAACGGGUUGCGUUGUCAACCCAGACUUCUGGUCCCUAUGCCUUGCCCAACAGUCACGAACCAGUCGAAGCACAUGCCGUAACGACUCAGUCUCACCAGCCGAGCUUGUAUGCGGACAAUGAUGGGGUCGCACGUCAGCCAGGGAUUAACGAAGCUCAUCCGCAUGGCGUCCCGGAUCGAGAGGGACUUCACCGUAUAACCAAAUCACGACGAAAGUUACGACCUAGCGGACCAAUAUCGUAUGGUACUCAAGGGCAAGCCGUUUCUCCUAGUGUCGAGCAGGCUAUGGAGACCGUGAGAGUAGCACUACUUGCGAACAAGUAUCGGGUGCAACAUGAGACCACAACGCUCACCCAGAAACAUAAGACAGAGCUUGCUGAGCUUCAACGAACGAUCGACAAUCAGAUCCAGUCAAUUGCAGAUCAUGACAGGAGGUACCAGGACCUGAAAAAAACUCUUAGUCAACUCACCAACACGGCCAAGACUAAUUCGAGAUUCGUCAAAGGCCUUCAGCAAGAUUCUGAGGACCUGCAAAAGUCCGCUAUAAGCUUCCAGAAAGAGUGCAGAAAGGCAUUGACUGAGAAGAUCACCGAACUCGAGGACGAAAAGCAGGCGUUACAGAAAGAAGUUGGGACAAUGACUGACAAGCUCGCCGCAACCCAACGCAAGAUGAGAUCGACGCUCGAUGACCUUUGGAUACGAUUUCUCGUAUCGGAGUCUAAGAGGGAGGACUUGGCAAAAAACUUGGGCAAGCAGGAAGCUGCACUAAAGGAAGAGCGCAAGAAUCGCAAUGAAUUCGAGAAACAGUUCUUCUCUGACGUCCAAAGCAUCCCGCGCCAAGUUGUCGACAGCUCCGUUGCCCUCACUAAGAAGAUCGAAUUGCUCCAGGCUACGCUCGAUAACACUACUGCUCAUGGUAGCCAGAAUGACCAUAUCAAAGAGUGUUUAGAGGCCUUGCAACCUCUUCGGCUGGCGCCUGUCUUGACGACGCAGGACAUCGACAGGAUGAAUAGUACACUGAAUCUUGUGCACGAACGCCUGGAUUCGGGUCUCGAUACUCUUUCAAAGACCGUAACGAGCACAGCACUAUCUAACGCAGAGCUUCAAGAGUUCAUCAAAGAACAAAUAAACGGUCUCCAGACAGAAAUGCUGAGAUAUGAGGAGGUCGCAGCCGAGAACCGCAAGACGCAUGAAUCGAACGUCUGUCUCAAGUCGCAACUUGACGCGCAGCAAGAACAUUGCACCCGACUAGAAGAGCAGGUCAAGGGUUACGAAAAGGCUGAAGUUGAUCUCAAAGCCUCGUGCGAGCAACUAAAACGCGAACUGAAGGUACUGGAAGACGCUCCACCUAUCGAUACAUCAGGGCUUGAGCAGGAAGCCUUUGGCCUCCGCCAGAAGUUGCAGAAGGCGGAAGAAGAUCUCACAGCGGUCAAUACUAAAGUUAGGGAGAUUGAGAGAGAAAGGGAUACAUACGAAGAAUAUUGUGAAGACGUCAAGAUGCAGCUGCGCGAGUUGCAGCAGAGGCCAACGCUUGAAGAACACGCCGCCGUACAAGAGCAGAUCGCAAAGAACUGUCAAAGUGAAUUCUUGGAGAAAGAGCGUAGCUUCAAGAGAGAGAUCCAGCGACUAACAAUCGAUCGCGACGAGAAAGAGAAAACAUUUCAAGAGCUGAACGACAAGCUGAAUGUUGCGGAAACCCAACUAGAUGAGCUGAGUAAAAACAUUCGAACGCUUGAAUCAAAGUCGGCCGAGAUAACGGACCUCCAAGCACAGCUCCAAAAUACGGCAGAAGAGUUGCACAGCAAGAAACGAGAUUGCGCAGAUUUUAAACGUCGCUUUGAAGAGAAGACGGAGAAGAUUUCGGAGCUGCAAGGCCUAUAUAGCAACCUCCAGGCUGAAGUAACCCAGCAUCAAACGACCAUGCAGACCAUGCGCCGGGACGCUGACAACGAGAUUACAAAAAUGCGACAACACGCUAGUAACACGCUUCAACUAUCCUCUAAUCAGGUCUCGAACCUCCAGGAGGAAAAGAAAAGUCUGUCAACUCGACUUGAGCAAGCUCAGAUGAAUGAGGCCAAAUUACAACAUGAGGUCGCAGAACUACGAGCUGCAAGAGAAGCAGACAUUUCUCGAGUACAAGCGAAAGCAGAUGAGAAGAGCCGGAAGCUAGCCGAACAGCAUCGCAUCGAAGUCGAUGAUUGGAGGCGCCGCAUGAGCCAGAAAGAUGCUGCCCUUGAGGAGAUGGAAGCGAAAAUGCGGCUCGCUGAAGACCAACAUAAAACCAAAAUCGCGACCGAUCGUGAAAAGGCUGAGUCAAACAUGCGCAAGCUUGAAGAGCAGUAUCGAGAUUCUCUUCGAGUGAUACGCGAGCAAGGUAAUCUCAAUCAGCAGGUCGGCUUCCAAGUACAUGCUGCCAGAGGAAUCCUUGUUGAAUCAGGUGAAGCUACCCAGGCAGCGAAGCCUCGGAAAAAAGUCAGCCGGCAAAAUCAUUCGAUGCUCGAAGUCUCUGAGGAACAAGAUUCUCAUCCCAAGAAGCCGUCGUCAGUCUUUCAUGCCGAGUCUUCACAAUCUCAGCUCGAAGACGAUGAUCUGUUUGCAACUCAGUUCGAAGAACAGGGAGAGAUCGACGACAUCUCCAACGAAACAAUUGAUGUUUAUCAUAAGCCUCGAACCGCCACAGAAAGCCAUGAUGCUCAAAAUUUGUCCAUGACGCAAGAUGCUUCCAAGGGGGAUUUGUCACGAGCGCCACAGCGACAGCUCAAGCAUCAGGUCUCAAGCUCCUCCGAUCUCAGUAACAUGUCUACUGACGAAUUAACGGUAAUGGAGAAGUCCCAACCCGCGUCGACUGGGAUGCUUGGAGGCCGCGACCGUAAUGGGUUCAAGUCUGGCAACGCAUCUUCUAAGUUCUCGCAGACACUGGAAGAGACUCAAUGCGUACCGUCUAUCGGGUCUCGGAACUACAAUCGUGAUCCUUUCCAUCGUGGUACAGUCCCGACCGAUACAGGAUUCGCGUCGGUAGCCGACAAUGACUCUGUGGCUAAUUCACAAUCAUCUCGAUCGUCUGGACGACCAAAAUCGCAAGCUAACACAGCAUCUCGGAUGAUGCCGCCUCACAGCAACAGCUCUGAUUACCCUCGGCCGAGUGUUGAGGGUCAUGCGGUGGAUCUUGGAGCAUCAACUCGGCAUACCAUGUAUGGCAGUGCUAAUCUGAAGCUGAGCAGCAAUAACUCCCGGCCGUCAAAGCUGUCUUCACCAAAGCAAAUCUAUAGCCAGCAUGAAUCGCGACGCUCCGCUCCAACUGGAUUACAACACAGUUCCUCGCAAGACAUGAAGCAGGAACAUACGAAAAAGCGAAAGAGUAGCAUUGACCAGACAGAGAGACAUUCAGCCACCAAAAAGCAGCGCUCCAAAUCUCAGCCCCGUCCCUUUGAAUCCUCACCUGGUCUCCCAAGCCAAUCUUCGUGUGUUGCAGUCACUCGUCCCAAAGCACAGAAGAUCAUGCCAUAUUCCCAAGUCGGUGCUGCAACUUCAUCUCAAUCGAAAGCUCAGGUCCUCUCCUCCCGCCCCCGCGCUCGUAUCUCUCGUCAAGCUCCGUCUUCUGGCGACGCAUACUUCCCUCGUGGUCAAUCUUCGUCUCACGUAGCCGCUAGUGGCCCAAUCCGGCGUUCCUCGACCCGUAUCACAAGGGGCAAGGGUAAGAACAGCAUUGCGUUCGGGAAAGCCUGCAACGAGCGCUUCAACCGGGAGCUGGACCAGUGGCGGUGA